UGAUAAACAAAUUUAAAGCUAUUGUAGUAAUUUGAAAAAUUUGGCAGUGCAUUAAAUUAUAUAGAUUUGGAAAAGAAAAAAAUCAUUCCUUUAGUGUUCACGAUGAGUUGCGUUUUCAGAAAUGUGGAAAAAUUCUGUUGCUUUAAACAAGUGAUAAUAUUAAUAUUAUAAAAAUGUGAGUACUGAAGGUGUUCUCAUAAAGUCAUGCCAUACACCUUCGAGAUGUGAAAUUAAUGAGAGCUAAUGAGAAAAGUCUUCCUUUUGUGGUGUCCGCGAGUUAAACAAAAUCCCCCAGAACUGUGAUCAACGUUUACCGGUUAUUAGUGUUGUUGUUAAUACUGUUCAACAUCGUUAAGUGUCACUGGAUGUUAAUGGUUCAUCCCCAACUGUUGGCGCCAGGCUGACUAACUCCUCCAACCUCAAAUUACCCGGAAUUACCAACGUCACCAAACUGCUGGUCGUCGGUGUGAUCAGGCUGGCGGCGGGUGACUGUGAUGCCCUUGUUGCUCGGAGAUGAAAGGCGGUCUGCGACACCCGGGCCGGCAGCGGUGGUGUGAUGGACUUCCACGUGUCCGUGCCGGGCCCCUUCACCUACCUGGUGCACGAGCACGCCCGCUCCAUCCUCGCCAUACAGGAACUACAGCACGAGGUGACGUCGCUUCUGGAAUUCCGCGACAAUGUGCUGCACGCCUUCCCGCACCUGCACGCCCGGCCCUACAACUCCCUCAACCCUGCCCAUGGCCCGCUGUCUAGCCACGCCUCCCAGCCUCUCCAGGCUGUCCCUUCAACUAGGGGGGAACCAUCCCCUAGUAAGUUGUCUCACGCCUCCCACCACGUGACCCCUGGUGAGGGUGGGAGGCAGCAGCGCCCCAUAUCUACAGCAGGAGGAGGAGCAGCAGGGGUGACCACCACUGGCGGCAGUGGGAACAGCAGUAGCAGCAGCAGUACUGGCGGGAAGUCUCUUAGUGAGACGCACAGUAGCUCAGCAGUGGCAGACUCGGGCUUCAGCACAGAUAAAGCUGGAGGCAGCAUGGGCAAGAGCUCCUCCUCGUCGGCUGGUGAUCAUUUAUCUGGUGUAGAAGAGCACCGUUGGACUUCUGUUGAGCCAGAGCUUCCACUCGGGUCUGCUGAAGAUGAAUUGUGGCAGUUACUUGAUGUCAUUCAAAGGAAGGGAACUCGAUUACGAAAUGAAUUAGAGAGAGCAGAACGUCUGGAGCGAGAUCGAAUCGGGCAGCAACCUCCAACGGGCAGCUCUGCUUCAGAUCCCCUAGCAUCUCCCAGAUCACAUCCUGCAUAUCGAGAUUAUUGGCCGCAUUCUCUACCAGGGCCCAUUGGCAACUAUCACAACCGUGGGGAUAUAUUGGCGCCGCCUCCCCCUCCUCCACAGGUGGGCAUGGCUAUGGAGGCAGAGGCAUGGGCAGCUGUGGACCGCUUACGACAAGACCGCCAAUAUUUAGUUGGCCGAGUAAGCUGGGCCGAAGCCGAGGCAGCUGCAUCCCAUCAACGUCUGCUUGAUCUCCACGGGCAGCUUUUGGCCUUGGCGGGUGAUAAACGGCGCCUUGAAGACCAAUUUAGAGCACUAAGACUCGAUCCACGACUCGAUCCACGACUCGAUCCGCGACUCGAUCCUCGAGUAGAUCCUAGAAUUGAUUAUGGCAAUGACCUGAACUUGCAGUUUGUUAAAAGUAAUGGUGUUCGACGGGAUGGUCCAGCAUCCACAGGUGGUAUUGUUCACUCAGUAAUGGGAGGAGUGAACACUGUUCAUAUUGUGAGUGACAGCACCACUGCUACAACCACUACCACUAACUUCACCAAACCUCGUCGAGUACCUCCUGCAGUGACCGUAAGUGUUGCCAGUGGAGAUGGUGCUGAAGAGUUUCACGGUGUUGGAGGAACGUCUAGAGCUCGGGUAGUCCGUAGUGCAUCUAGUGUCCGCCUCAACACUGACCGCGACGUGUUCCUGCCUAGGGUCCUCAAAGUACCAAUUCGCGAUCGGACUCAGAGGCACUCACAAAAAGAAUAUAGUAUAGCUUCCAGUCAAAGAGAUAACGGUGAUAAAGAUCAGAACUCUAAUUAUAAAGACCUUAGCCCCACCAGUGACAACGUCAAGGAUUCAACCUUCGUCACUUGUGGCGAUGCGGUGAAGAAGGGCAGUGAUCGAGUAGUGAUUGAGAGAGAGAGAAGAGCCGGGAAGGCGGACGGUGGGUUGAGCAUGCCGGUGAGCCUCCUGAAGGGGGCACGCUUGAAGGUCCAGCCAAAUAAGCAACGCAUCUCUGCCAUUCUGAGGGAGAAGGACGUCUUGGAGCUGCAGCGUCAACUUCUCACUACUGUCAUGGAAACUGAGGUGUUGAGAAAGCAGAUUGAGACAGCCAGUGAGGAGUGGGUGUGCAAAACAGCAGAGUGGGAAGCAGAGCACCGACACACACAUUCCACCAUCACUGCGUUGCGGGAGGAGAACCUCAGCCUCAAGACACAACUCGAUCAGCGAGAAAAUGUUGAGCAGAAAGAUGUUGGAGUAAGCGUUUGUCCGCUUGUAUUCAGUACAGCCACCAUGACUGAAGGUGGGGGAGCUGACUCUGUUGAGGCUGCCACCCAUACUGUUCAUCCGGGCCCAAACAUCAAGUAUGAUGUUGUGGUGCAUCAAGAGGAAUCUAGACGAUCAGAGACCAAUAACAGUUCUGUAAACUCUACAUCAUCUGAGUCUGGAAGCCGCAAGGUUCCAUUGACAGUAGAAAAGCCUCCACGUCGAAGCCGAGAAACUCGGAGUACGUCUACUGUUGGAACUUCGAGUGCCCAACAUGUAUCUUAUCAUAGUGGAGGAAACCUCUGUCAUCGAGAAUCAUCUGGGUCAGAAGUUUCUGGAGGCAGAGAUUCGAUAGGACGUGGAACUGGGCUUCGUAGUAGACCCAGUUUAGCUCAAUCUGGUCGUGCCACCCCAACAGGCACUCCUCGCUCAUCACCUGCUCCCAGCAUGAAUGCCAGAAUGUGUACUGUGAAGAAUUCACCUCAGGAAGGAGGUCGAGCCACCCCCUUGGGACGCAGCAGCACUGGUGUUAAUAGCCGUGUGGUUAUAGGACGACGGGACUCCAUCAAGACAAGUCAAGCAAAUACCAAAGGAAAUGGAAAGAGCAGUCCUGGGGUGGGUGGCCAGCACAAGGAUUCCCCGACACGCUGCCGUGACCAAAGCAUUAUCAGCAAGUCAAGCCCAGUGAAUAGUUCAGAAGAUUACAGUCAGCGGCUCUCCUCCCUCAGCUCGGGCUUUGACGUCUCAAGUUCCCCAUUGACUGUGUCCGACCUACGAAGUUCCUCCCCACCAACCUCUCGUGUGCCUACUACUUCCAAGAUGUUCAGUGCAUUAGAGGAGCAGAAAUCUAGAAAUAUUUCUAACAAUGUUAAGAGGGCUGUCCAAAAGAAGAUGAGUGCCAGUGAUAUUUAUAAUCAAGAUUUAAUUGAUGUAUCCAAUAAAUAUGUAAAUGAUUCAAAAUUGCCAUGUGGAGGAGGGAAAAGGGUUCUUAAAUUUGGAAAUGAAAGCAGUAGUAGCUCCUCUGAGCUUAAAUUGUCUAACCUAAGGGGUGGGUCAAAUUCAUCAUCCCCAUCAUCAUCCCUUGGGUCUGGUAGUGGUUUCUACGACAGUAUCAACAUGGAUGAUGAAAGUCUCAAUGAUGGCAAUAAAUUGAUGCAUGUAGAAGUAGCCUUUGAAUGGAAUCCAAUAUCAUCCCAGAAUAUUCAAUAUCUUCCUCCUGCUGCUCGCAUGUGGACUCCAACUCAGACAAUGAGUCCUGACAAGCGACUGCCACCUGUUACUAGCAUCUCGCCUAAGUGGUUAAACCCAUCCAAGGUUCCCAUUCGGCUUGGUCAUGGACCCUCUUUCAAGAGCAAAAAAGUUAACCUUGGUAAUACCAAAAAUGAAAAGGCACUAGAGUGUGUUAACACAGAAAGCAGUACACAGCAGUGGAUGGCCGAUUCCCUGGAAGAUGAAACUCCGGGUUUUGAGGCUGUUGGAAAGAUGAGAAGUAAGCUACGUGUCAUGAAUGGUGCUGUACGAUUUAAGAGCAUUGACCGCCCUUCUGUGCUCUCUAUGGUUCAAGAAACUUCAAGUUCCCACUCAGAAUUGCCAAAAAGUGGAAGAAAUAUGACUACCAGUCUAAAAUCUACAACAGCUUUUCAACAAGAUAAUAUAAGUGGUAGGUGCACUAAAGGAAAUUCUGACAUGGAGAAGUCACAGUCUCAGUUAGGAAGAUCCCAGCCAUCAUUAUCAAUGAGUGAAGGUGGCUCUCCAGCAAGGCAGUGUGAUGCAGAUCUGAAUUUACGUGUUCACCAGAUUUUAGCACGCAUUGCAGAAAGUGCCCAGUUAUGAGAAAAAAAGAAUGGUCUGUGACAAAUGAUUUUCAGUAUGUUAAUAACAUAGUGGGUAUGUUGAUUGCAAAAUAUGAUGAUGAUGAAAUAUGAUAUACAAUUUAUUGAUAGGUCCUGACUUGGUUAUUUAUAGUUUCAAAUGAACUACUGAGUUGGUAUUUUAUUUUUUUACAUUUUAACAUCUUAAUGACUGGUCCCAGUUGAGCCCCUGAGCUUGAGAUACAAUGCCUUGUAAUAUAGUUGGUCACAACUGGGCAUUUUGACCCCUUUUUAUUGUUCUUAUAAACUUUUUUAAUGAUGGGAAUAUUUUAGGAAUGGGCAUUUUUCCUUAACUUAUUUGCUAUGUAUUAUACAUUCUAUUCUACUUUUGCCCAUGUACUCAUAUUGUGAUAGGAGUAUAUUCAUUCCAUGCCUCAUAUAUGGGUCAUAUUGUGCUGAAGGUCUUUACUCACUAAGGCACUUGACGUUUUAGUCGGGUACCUGAGCUCACAGCUAUGCCAAAGUGCUUUUGAUGAAUUAAGCAACCAUUGCCGAUACAGUCGUGCAUUUUUCAGUGUGCGUGAUUGUCGGAAUGAUAUUAUACAGAUGACAUACUACGUUAGUUUUCUUGGGUGGAGAUGAUCUGUUGUAAAUACUGGUUUGGUAAUUAUUUUAUAUAGUGUUUUGUAGGAUAUGUUGUGCAAUUUCAUAAUGUUACAACUUCCCAAGCAGUCUCUUCCUGUAGAUUGCUCUUGCCACACUAAGGUCUGCUCUCUUGGAGAAUAACCAAGGUUUAGCUUGACACUUUAUAAGAUUGUUGUAAAUGUAAACAUUAACAUUUACAUGAAAUUUAUUAUUAUGAAUAUAUAUUCUGCAUUACUAAAAUAUCACUGCGACAUAUCACAUCUCCAGGAUAAGACAUUAACGCCACAAUUCUUGAAUAAGAUUAAUUAAGCAAAGUUAUAUUGACAUGAGAAAUAUGGCAAUGCUUUUAUAUGUAGAAUAAUUAGUUUUAUUAAAGUGUCAUAUAGAAGAAAGUUAACUCUUAAUAUCUCUCCUUGUGUUUGAGGUGCUAUUGGUAUGGUUGUUAAGAGACUACACACACAAUGCAUUUGUUCAAGUCUUGGUGAGUAUUCAUCAUUAUCUUGCCAAAUUAAUGUCUUGACAAGGUGCCACUGGUAACCUCACCAAUAGCACCUCUUCCAGGGUAGCCUCGGACAGUACUGAUUUUUUUUUUU